UCUAUGAGAUAAGUCGUACGCUAAUGAGGAAAAAUGUAAACAAUGAUGUCGGCAAAGAUUCGCCAAUACGCCACUUGCACAUCUCCCAUAAUGCACCUUAAAUGUCCCCCAAAAUUUUGCACAACUUUUGUUUUUCAUAUCUCCUAGGUAGUACAGCCGUCCCAAGAGAAAAUGAAAACAAUGCUUAUGCAAAAUUUGCAGGGGGGGCGAGGGUGGGUUUGGCAAAUAAGGUGCAUUAUGGAAGAUGUGCAAGUGGCUUAUAGGCCAUAUAUUAAAGAAUGACAGUUCCUUAUCAUGUAUGAAUUUAAUUAAGGCCCUGUCCACACGUUGCGGAUAUUUUUGAAAAUGGAGUUUUUUUCUUCGUUUUAAAACAAAUGCUGAAACGAUGAAAAUACGAUACCGUUCCUAUCCGUUGCUAUCCAUACUUGAUGUGUGAUAUCAUCUUAUUCGAGAACCUCCGGCGUUUUCGUGCGUCCACACAAAAACGAUAAGCCGGCGUUUAUGGUGUCCGAAAACGCCGUUUACAUGUAGACGAAAUGACAGACGGGAGGAAAAAAAUCUCAUAAUCACAAAGAUAAUAUAUGGUUUCUGGCCAGCCAAUAUAUUUACAAUAGCAUUUUUGCACUUGUUUUUCAAAGCUACCAUAGACCCUUUGAUACCCUGGGUAUGUGUGUACGUAUUGCGGAUCUGUGUUAGUUAUAUAGAAUUCGGGAAAAGAACUGUGGUAAACUUGUGAGAGUAGCAAAUGUUGUUUUCUGUGGUUUAAAAUAACUACUUUGUUUAUGGAUUGUUUCAAGAUAGAUAUGAGAAUUGUCUCUUACUGGGACUGAGUUUGCAGGUACCUGACCAGAAAGUUGUAUUCUUACAUAUGCAUAUUUUGAUGUGUUUGUUCUUUUUUGUCUUUUUCCAGGUCUUUUAAAGAUUGGUCUGAGAACUGCUUUUGCUCACAUCAGCCAAUUAGUAGAACAGUAUUAUGAAUGUAUUCAGGGGUAGAAUGUUUAUUCUCCUCUAAAACGUUCCUUCCAGAUAAUAUAUUGUUAAAUAGACCUGUUUAUAAACGUUUAAAAUUAAUAUGAAUUUAUAUAUAUAUGUACAUUUUCAAAAUAACAAACUUACAGAGCUAAUGAACUCUACUGAAUAAAAAGGGGUGAAGUUACAAAGCUAACAGAUAUGCUACAUAAAAAAUUUGAAAAUUAUGUUCACAAAAGUGAAUCGUAGUUGUUAUUCAGAUUCCAAAAAUAGUACUCCUGUUUUCUUUCUGGUGAAACAUUUUGCUAUGUGAAAAUUUUGGUCAAAGCAUGACUUCAGUCCACUCAUUUGUUUCCUUUUAAUACAUUUCUUAGAACUUCUGGUUAACUGGCCAGAAAAAAUAACAGUGACAAAAAUCAUUAUUUGAAAGUUGUUUUGCUCACAUAACCACAGCUGUUAUCUUUUGUAUAAGUUAUGACUGGAUAAGCCAGAGAAGUGACAAAAUAUUUAAACAGGCAAAGGUCCCGGGAAGGGGGGUACUGCCAUAUGUGGGCUAUAUAGGUAUGUGCCGCUGUGAAGGGUAUGGUUUUCAAGCAGUUUACUCUAGGAUAGGGUAUAUAAAUCAGAGCGUUUGGGUCUAGAAUAGGGUAUCAUUUUUCAGGAAACUGAUCAGUUGGUUGAAGAUUUUAUCUAGACUAGGGAAACAGCUACUCUAGAAUAGGGGGGAUUUGGGGAGUUUACUCUAGUAUAGGGUAGCAAAAUUCAACUGAACUAGCUCUAGUGUAGGUUAAGGGUUACAUGGUCCCAGCGGCACAUCCCCACCCAGAAAUUCCUAAAGUACCCCCCGGGGCAAAGGUACGGUAAAACGGACAAAAAAUGUGCAACUUGUGUUGAACUUGUGUUGCUACGUUUGCUGCAAAAAGAGUUGAGUGUUUACUUUCCACGAAUCGGAAAAUCAGGUUGUUGCAAGCUGCGAGGAUACCGACUUCUGUUUGAAUAAAAUUACGACUGACACUGUCACUUGCUGCAAAACAAGUUUUUCUUGGGAAUCAUGUACAGAUUUUGUUGCAAAAUUUAGAUCUGUAAAACUACUGUCUAUUCAGUUUUGCAUCAAUUCUUUUUGUAACGUGCAACAACCUGAUUUGUCGCUCGACAGGAAUAAUUCGUGGGUGGUCAGACGCGCAACAUCGUUUUCAACUUGUUUUGAAAGAAUGUUGCAAAACAAGUGGCAGG